ACGGCCGGAAGAGAACUCCGGAAGAGAGGGAGAGUCAGAGGGGAAAAAUGGCCAACACGCGCCGCAGGCCCUACCUCCGCGGGUGGUUCGAAGGCUCCGCACGAGGCGAGAGCGGAGGUGGGGAGGGGCCAGAGAACGCGCUUGUGAUUGGCAGGCAGGGCCAGGAACGCUUGUGAUUGGGCGAGGCCGAGGCGGAGGGCUGCGUUUUGAACCGCGUAGGGUUCUGGGUAGCAAAGGCCUUAGAAGGGUCUUAACCGAAAGGGGGAGGGGGAAGGCCGCCAACAAACGGCUGAGCUCACAAUCCCGGCUGGGACACAGGCCGGGGCGUCCCCCUCCCCCCAUGGAGAGAGCCAGGCCAGAGCCGCGACCUCAGCCGCGCCAACUGCCACGGGUGACCCCGCCGCGUCCGCUCCGUCCCGCUCCGCCCCCGCUGCCGGUCGAAGGCACCUCCUUUCGGGCAGCGACCGUCGAGCCACCUCCGUCGCCGCCCGCUCCGUGCGCGGCCGCCAUUGCGACCGUGGCCUCGUCGUGCGGCGACGCCCCGGCGUCGGGCGUACAGCCCGUGGCGCGGCGGCUGCUGCAGGUGAAGCCGGAGCAGGUGUUGCUGCUGCCUCCAGGGCCACCACUGCCUCAGGCCCGGGACGACAGCGCUGCUUCCUCGCCCGCGCAGGCGCGGCUAGUGUCGCUGAGGCCCGAGCUGCUGCUGCUGCCGCCGCCGCCGCCCGCGUCCGAGGGCGCCUCCUGCAGGCCCGAGUUGUACACGGUGCAGCCCCGGGAGCUGCACGUUAAGGUCGAGAAGCAGGAGCCAGGUCCCGGCUCCGACCCGGCGGGAGUGGGGCCCCGGAGGGCCGUCGAGGCGGGCUCCAGAGCCUCCAGGGCGGCCAAGGUGGAAGGCCCAGGGCCGGCCCUCGACAGCCGCCGCGGGGACGCGAAGAAGGGCAAGCUGGAGGCAGAGGAGGCCAUGAGGGACGCGGGGAAAGGCAGCGAAGGCAAAAGCCUGGCGGCUGUCCGCGAAGAAAUCAUCAAAACGGAGGAGCCCGAGAGGCUCCGCGAGGACUGCAGGCUAGGCACGGAGCUCGCGUCCAAUGGCCUGAUUCAUGGCAGCAAGGAGGUCAUCUUGGCCCAGCCGUCCAGCGCCUUUGGGCCACACCAGCAAGACCUCAGGAUCCCUUUGACUCUCCACACCGUUCCCCCGGGGGCCCGGAUCCAAUUUCAGGGACCUCCACCUUCAGAGCUGAUAAGAUUGACCAAGGUCCCCCUGACACCAGUGCCUAUUAAAAUGCAAUCCUUACUGGAGCCUUCUGUAAAAAUUGAAACCAAAGAUGUCCCACUGACCGUGCUUCCCUCAGACGCAGGAAUACCAGAUACUCCCUUCAGUAAGGACAGAAAUGGUCAUGUGAAGCGACCCAUGAAUGCAUUUAUGGUUUGGGCAAGGAUCCACCGGCCAGCACUAGCCAAAGCUAACCCAGCAGCCAACAAUGCAGAAAUCAGUGUCCAGCUCGGGUUAGAGUGGAACAAACUUAGUGAAGAACAAAAGAAACCCUAUUAUGAUGAAGCACAAAAGAUUAAAGAAAAGCACAGAGAGGAAUUUCCUGGUUGGGUUUAUCAGCCUCGUCCAGGGAAGCGAAAACGCUUUCCUCUAAGUGUUUCCAAUGUAUUUUCUGGUACCACACAGAAUAUCAUCUCUACAAAUCCUACAACAAUUUAUCCUUAUCGCUCACCUACCUACUCUGUGGUAAUUCCCAGCCUACAGAACACCAUCACUCAUCCAGUUGGUGACGCCCCACCUGCCAUCCAGCUGCCCACACCUGCAGUCCAGCGCCCAAGCCCCAUCACACUUUUCCAGCCCAGCGUCUCCAGUAGUGGCCAGGUGGCUGUCCAGGCUCCUAGUCUGCCCCUCCGCCCAGCACUCCCCCCCCAGCAUUUUGCUGGGCCUUCCCAAACGGACACUCAUCGGCUGCAUUCUGGAGCCAGUCACUCUGUGAAGAGACCGACCCCUGUCUCUCUGGAGAGCACCAACAGGAUUCCAACUAGUGCAAGUACUGCCCAUGCCAGAUUUGCAACCUCGACCAUCCAGCCUCCCAAGGAGUAUUCCAGCGUUUCCACUUGUCCCAGAAGUGCUCCAAUCCCCCAGGCUCCUCCCAUUCCACACUCGCAUGUCUACCAGCCUCCUCCCCUUGGCCAUCCGGCUACUCUGUUUGGGACACCACCGAGAUUCUCUUUUCAUCACCCUUACUUCCUACCCGGACCUCACUACUUCCCAUCAAGCACAUGCCCUUAUAGUCGGCCUCCCUUCGGCUAUGGAAAUUUUCCAAGUUCAAUGCCAGAAUGCCUUGGUUAUUAUGAAGACAGGUACCAAAAACACGAAGCUAUGUUUUCAGCUUUAAAUAGAGACUAUCCUUUUAGAGAUUACCCAGAUGAACGCACACACAGCGAAGAUUCUCGGAGUUGUGAGAGCAUGGAUGGGACCUCUUACUAUAACAGUCACGGCCACAGUGGGGAAGAGUACUUAAACCCCAUGCCACAGCUGGACAUCGGAGCCUUGGAGAACGUCUUCACAGCCCCCACGUCAACCCCCUCUAGCAUCCAGCAAGUCAAUGUCACUGACAGUGAUGAGGAGGAAGAAGAAAAAGUGCUCAGGAAUUUAUAAUUUUAAAACAAAUAUGCACAGAAAAUAAACAUUUCUUAAAAUAUAUUCUGGGUCGGUUGGUGUGAGAAAAAAAGCCUAGUAUGCUUUGCUGAGAGUUUUCAGCCAUGAUUUGAAGAGUCAACACCAAAAGCAAUUUGUCUUCAUACAGUUUUGAUCAGAGUCCUGAUGUGUUAUCGCAGGAAUAUUUAAGAUAUGAAAUAGUUUAUUUGAAUGGCUGAGAUUUGCAUCAACGUGUAUUAUCAUUACUUUAUCUUGGAACGUGCAAAAUACUGAAGGAUCACAAUUGUUUGUGAGGGGAAAGGGAAUAUAUAUCUGGCACAAGUGUGAUUUGUAUUUUAUCUCAGGAUAUGUUUAUUUGUUUUCCUUAAAUGAUUCUUUGGUGUUUAUGAAAUACUUACGAAUGUUGUCAGUUUUUAUGUAACAUUUUGAAAAUAUUUUGAUAACAUUUAGCAGUACUGGGACUUGGUUACUAAAUUUAAUUUACACUAACAACCAAUUAUAAGUUGCAAAUGUGUUUUAAUGGCACCUGGGUAAUUCCUUCAGCUAAAUUUAGUCAUUUCUGUUCCUAAACAUUUUUAUCAUCAUUUUAGAAUAUUUUUUUCCAUUUGGUAUGCAUUUGUUCUAUUUUUGUUAUAAUUAAAUAAACAUAGAUAAAAUUGUU